UAUCAUGGCGUUCUUGUUAUUUUGUUUAAAAAAUUAUCAGCGUUCUUGUAACUUUGUUUCAGAUAAUUUAUUCACAAGCUAAACUGUGAUUAACAUGAAUACUAAGCAGUGUCCAACCCGCUCUCUGCUGUUUGUCAGAACCCCAACCGAUCUUAUCUCUCCGCUAGUAAGCCCCUCAGUCCGGUUUUCCUUUGAGGAUGCUGAAUGGAAAACGAUGAAGAAAUCUUCUCUCAAGAAACCAAGAAUUCAGAGUAUGUCUACGCCAAGUAAGCAGAAGAAGGUUAGGUUUGAUAAUGUGGCGGAACAGAUGUUCUACCCUGUAGCACAGUUUUACAACGAGGGGUUUCUGGUCACUGAUAAAGAAAUCACAAGGCAAGGAUUAUUCCUAAUUUUAUCAAUAUCUCUUGGUCUGGUUGUAUCCGGCUCCCUCGCAUACUGUGCCGGGAUGUACAUGGUGGCAUCCAUCCUCGGCUUCAUCUCCUUUCUCCUCGUCCUCGCUGUCCUCGGGGUGGUGUUAGGGAACAUCUUCAAGAAAAAGGACGUAAUCAAGGUUCGAAAACAGAGAUUGGGACCUUAGAUAUCAAAAAAAUAUAAUUUUUCCAUCAUAUAUUUUUGUAUAUUGCAACAAUUCCUUUUAAAGCACCAUUUUAAUACUUAAAAAGCAUCUUAUUAAUAUUUUUUGAUGAUCUUGAUCUCGCAAUCGAUCAAUCAAACAUUUUCCGUCUUGCUUCAAGUGUUUGGCAUUUGCGCAGAAUGUACCCAUCACAUAUUUGGCAGACGGAAGCCAAUUUAUUAACUUGUCUGUCUUCUAAAUUCUAUUAGUUAUCAAAUUUAUAUCUAGCUUUCAAAUGUGAACCAACAACGAUUCUCGUAAUAAUUCGAACUAAAAUGUGAUAAAAAGGCGUCUGUUUUUGCACGCUGUAAGUAAAAUUUUUAUUUGACUGACCCUAAUUUGCAGA